UGGCUAGAUUUGAGGCAAAGGACAAAAACAGCCACUGAACAUCCCCGGAACGAUGGGCGCGUCCGUUACUGUUACUCUUCCUAUGCAAUGAAGCUGCGUUAAAAGCUUGAAAACGACACCUGCUGACACUCAUAACUUAAGUUAUCUGAAUCCACCAAGUGGAACUUUUCUCAAACUAAGCCCGAAGCAUCUCGCCAUACAUAGCGGCCGCACAUGUGACAUUCAAGAAGCGCUUCGACGCUCCCGGCGACCGCGGCGGCCAGCAUGAGCGCGGACUGCACGAGCUACUACAGCGCGGAGAAGGCGCUCGUGGAAGGGUUCACGUGCCCGAAGCCCGAGGGCGACGCGCGAGCGGUCUUCUGCUGCGGCUUCAACGAUGUCAAGUACUGCUGCGACGACCCCAACAGCUUCUUCCCGUACGAGUACGGCUACAUGUGGUGGCUCAGUGUUGGAGCUCUUGUAGGCCUGUCUGUUGCAGCAGUGGUUUUGCUAGCCUUCAUCAUCACCAUAUGUGUCCUCUGCUAUCUCUUCAUUGCCACCAAGCCCAGUCGGCUGGACAGCGGUCUCCCGCUGCGAGCUCCAGGUCCUGAUGCCAGUGCUCCUGAGGACCCCGGCCAUUUCUGCAAUGGAACCCCCGGUGCGCAGCCGGGUUUCCGCAAACACUUCCUGAGUCGCAAACUAGACUGUGACAACCAGCCCCCAGACGCAGACCGCCUCUUUCAGAGGUGUUUCAUGGCCACCGUCACCACUGUCAACAUGGAAGGACCUUCAUAGAUAUGCCCCACAUCUCCACUGCCCUAGGAACACGCUUCUUUUCUUACUUGAAUCGAGUGGCCAGAAAAAAAAAAUCUUUGUUUUCUGCACACCCUAAUGUGACAGCGAGGGAGCAAAGCUCUCAGCACACGACUGGCAUGGCUUUAUAUUAACGUCAUUGAGGCAAACUUAGGCUAUUGUUACAUGUUAUGGAUUAUUUG